AUGAUACUAAUUCUCCAAACUAAAAAUAAUAACAGCUUAUUGUCUCUAUAAUAAUCUUAAUAUUAAUUCCUCUCCUAAAGUUAAUUUUUAAAUUGUAAAUACAAUCAUAUUUUACAUUCUAACUUUUUCUUAUUAAAAUAAUAAUUGAGUCUUUGGUGGAUAGUAUUGGAGCCAGACUUUAUUUUAAAGAUUUAUUAAAUUGAUAAUUUCCUCCACAGAAUUACUGUUUAAUUUUAGAUUACAUAUUGUUCUAGUUUUCCUUCUGAAAGAAAUUUUAUUUAUUUAAUUGAUGAUACUUUGCUUAAUUCAUAUUCUAAGAAUAGUCAUAAUUUUGUAAGGCAUAAAAACUGUCAUUCUUAUGAUAUUUAACAAUAUAAUGGUAAUGUUAUAGAGAAAACAAUGAACCAAUAAUAAUAUAUUGUGGAUUUUAUAAAUACUUUAUUGUUGUUCAUUACUGCUAACCUUAUUGUUUAAAAUGUACAAGUUAAAAUACUUGUAUACAUGUGGAAUAAUAUAAAAUAAACUAAAAAAAUUUAUCUGAGAAUGAAUGUCAAAAUGAAUAAUACUAUGAGAAAAUUUAAUUUAAAUUUAUAAAUUGUCCUUCUUAAGCUUAACUUUUAAUUGUAAAUCCGCUUAUUUUCUGACUAAACUAGAAUAUAAAUGUGA